AGCCUGGAACUGUGUAUAUUCCGGCAGCGUACGGAAGGGGGAGCGAUGGACAGACGAAAUUUCUUUAGGGGAAUUCAUGCGUGACACGUCUGGUAUUUUGAGGGAGUGUUAAUGAUUCUUUUUUUAUUUUCAAUGGAAUCCCCUUUAAUCCCUAUAAAUAAGCCCAGCAACAGUUCUACAAACCCACACCAGAAGAACAGGGAGUGGAAAGAGCGGCAUUGAUAUCCACAUCGUAACACGUUUGAUUGCACCUCGUUUUGGAAUCUUAGCACAUUAAAACUUCUCGUAAUGGCAUUAAUUAAAUUUAUUUCGAUCCUUUUGAUCGCGCAGAGAGGAUUUUCGUUUAAUAUUAAACUGCAACCUUCUAAUCCAUUGGCAAUUGUGGGCUCCGACCUGGUUCUAAACUGCAGUGCGAACUGUCUCGGAGCCCAGUUCACCUGGGGUUCGCUGGAAGACAAACCUCUGUACGCGAAGAUUCAGAAUAGCGACUCUCAGUCCCUGGCGAUACUGUCUCCGGUGAAGACAGAGCAUGAAAACACAAUCGUGUGCAAAGUAAAGUGCGGGAGUAAGAGCAAACAACAGUCGACAAAAGUCAAUGUAUAUUCUUUUCCUAGCAGCCCAAGUAUUUCAGGGAAUGGACAUUUACUGGAAAACCAAUCAACUACGCUCACCUGUCAGGUCCCUGAUGUCUACCCAGCCGAGAAAAUGGAAAUUCAGUGGCUAUUUGGGGAAAACGUUAUUAGUACAGAUUAUGGAAUCCAUAGUCCAGCUACCCAUACUGUCACCUUGAUUCACACCUUCAAGCCAACAGCUGGAGACGAUGGGAAACAGGUGACAUGCAGAGCCCAUCUGGAAGUAGAGGGACUACCAGAAGAUCAGGCUACCAAGGAAACAGUCGCCACGUUACAGUUGCAGAGAGCGCCAAAGAUUAUUCGGGUUUUAAGCACUCCUGAUUCCACUGUGAGAGAAGGGCAGAAUCUGACGCUUCUGUGUGAAGCCCAGAGUGAUCUCCCGGCCAACCUGAGGUGGAGGAAGCUGGGGCCGGGCGGCCAGGGACCACUAUCGGACAGCGGGACUCUCUCUAUUGAGCAGGCGCAGGGUAUCCACAGUGGAGAGUACGAAUGCCAGGCGAGCAAUGCUGUGGGAACAGACACCAGAACAAUUACCAUCACAGUCCAGGUGCCCCCUAAGAACACAUCCAUCACGGUGGACCCAUCUGGGGAGCUGAAGGAAGGGGACAGAGUGACCAUCACCUGCUCUACACACAGCACCUCAGCAGCGCGGCUCUUUCUGCGCAAAGUGACCCAGAAUGAGCAGCAGCUCCUGGAGUCCAGCGAUGGCUCUUUUACCCUGAGCUCAGCACGACUGGAAGACACUGGCCUGUAUGAGUGUGAAGCUGUGAACGAGUUUGGAAGCGAGAAAGCCAGCGUUAAUGUGUCUGUUGAAGCACAUCCCCUGGAGGUGCAGCUGAGCCCCCCAGAGGGAGACCUCAUAGUGGAGAGGGGAUCCUCCCUGGUCCUGACCUGCCAGGCGCAGGGCUGCCCUUCUCCAGACUUCACAUGGAAACACGUGAUAGACAAGCCUAUGGACGGACAGAUUGAGAUUAAGGACCACCAGUCCAAUCUCUUCCUUGACACCAAGGCAAUAGAGGAUGAAGUGACCUACAGCUGCAAGGUGCAAUGCGGGUCAGCCUGGAAGACCAGGUCCAUUCACAUAAAGAUCUACUCUCUUCCUAGCAACCCCGUCAUUGAAGGCAACAGGCCCUUUCAGGAAGGAGAAGAAGUCACUCUUACCUGCACUGUGCAUGAUGCUUUCCCAGCAAACAUUCUGCAGCUUCAAUGGCUGGAAGGCAAGGAGGUGCUUUCUUCAGAGGACCGGUACUAUGGCACUGACACUGAGAUCUUUACCUCCAAGUACACAUUUGUUGUUCGUCCAGAACACAAUGGAAAGCAAAUAUUCUGCAAGGCAUACUUGAACUUGGAAGGCAUCCCCAACCACCAGAAGACAAAGUCUGCUCUGAUAUCUCUAGUUGUGCAGGUGCCCCCUAAGAACACAUCCAUCAUGGUGGACCCAUCUGGAGAGCUGAAGGAAGGGGACAGAGUGACCAUCACCUGCUCUACACACAGCACCUCAGCAGCGCGGCUCUUUCUGCGCAAAGAGACCCAGAAUGAGCAGCAGCUCCUGGAGUCCAGCGAUGGCUCUUUUACCCUGAGCUCAGCACGACUGGAAGACACUGGCCUGUAUGAGUGUGAAGCUGUGAACGAGUUUGGGAGCGAGAAAGCCAGCGUUAAGAUUUCUGUUAAUGCUCCACCAAGGAACACCACGGUCUCUGUAUACCCAUCCACACAGGUCUUAGAGGGACAAAACAUCACGAUUUUGUGCAAGACCAUCAGCAACCCGCCCCCCGCCAUCGUCCUGAGGAAAGUUGAGAAUGGUACUGUACUGUACUCUCCGAGCGGGACGUUUGAACUCUACAACCUCACCACGAAUGACACAGGCCUCUACGAGGUCAAUGUCUCCAAUGACCUGGGCUACGAGACCGAGAUCUUCAUCAUCCGUGUGGAGAAAUACAGCGCUCCACAGACUCCUCCACUCUACAAUGCGCUAAUCGCUGCAGGCGGCUCUAUUAUCAUGUUAACUACCAUAGGUCUUGCACUCCACCAUUUAAGGCAAGCCAGAAUGAGAGGAUCAUACAAACUGGCCAACGCAAAUCCGCCCACCGUCUAGUAUCCUUUGAAGGGGCAAAAAUGAAGAUGGAUAAACCACAAAAAAACUGAAGAAAAACUUGGAAGGUACCCUUUUCCCUGGGCUGGAAUGUUAAAAGUUCAAGGACAACAGUAACGAUACGAAGGACCUACAAAGCACUGUGCACUUUGCUCUCCACAGUGCUAGACUGAGUCACAGCUGCAGCUGUAAACUGUGUAGGCAAAGCUGGACUAAAAAGCGAGCUGUCUCUCUCUUCCACUCUUUUUGUCUGAGUGACUGAACUGAGGGGCCGGCUGGAUACAUUUUGAUAGAUCACUACAGAGAAGUGCCUGUUUGUAAGGCAGACAUCUAUCACUCUAAAUACAAUUUAAAGAUUUGCAUAACAGUGCUAGCAGUUUUGAAAGCUUGUGGCUAGUUUCAGGCAAGACCACUUUAUUCUUGGUUAAAGUUACAACAAAUGUGAUUUUUAGAACUUGCUAUCGCACAUUGCAGCUUCUAUAGAUAAAAACAGAAUAGAAGCAAAAAUGAACUAUGAUGUCUGUAGGUAUAAGAAACAAUUGGAAUUGUGGAAUUGAAAGAAUGUAUUUGAAAAUACCUGCACAAUGUAGUGAUAAUUAUAUUGAGAUUAGCAAUUAAAUAUUUUGGUAUCUCUUUGCCAGUCUAAUACAUGUCUAGGGCAUAUGAAACAAUAUUAACAUUAUUUUCUGACUUUAUUCCCUGUUGUGAGAUUUGAUAUCCUGGAUGAUAAAGAAUAAGUGAAAUAUACAUUCCAUGUAAUGGAAUGAGGCAUAUUUGGUACGGUAACAGACUUUUUUCCAAAUAUCAUAGCUAUUGUUACUUUUUUGUGGAGCAAGUUAAGAAGAUGGUUUUAAAAAGCACUUGUUAAGCUAAGCUUUUGAUAGGGCUGUUAUGAAGUUCAGUUUUUCUGUUGGCAGAUUGUGCAAUUCAAGAACCCGUUGUGCACAGGGACUCUAAAUAAGAACUGUAGCUCAGUCGUUUAAACACUUUCUUUGGGUCAGAGCACCUGUGAUUGCUGAGCAGUCCAAAUCAUUUUUUUUUCCAGCACUUUGCCAGGAUUGUCUUAGUGGAUCAUACACUAAAAGCCUAUUUAUUAUUGUAAAUCUGGAGGGUGUCUAUUUGUUUUGCUAAUGCUAAAGGUUUUCAAAUUCAAUAAAACAAUUUGAUCCACACAGUCAUUGAUUUUGAAACCUGUUAUAAUAAUAAUAAUAAUAAUAAUUAAUCACACUUACUGUAUAUAGUGUUUUUCUGGACACACCACUCAAAGUGCUUCACAGCACCCAUCUGGAUGAUGCGAAUGUUAUUUUACAGUCGCUUUCCACCAAGCUGGUGCCAGACAGUUCUAGCAAACUGAAGCUCUACAGACUGAGCUGAAGGAGUAAACAACAAGUGCAUUUAAAAUCCUGAUUGUUUUUUGUUUGUUUGAGAUGCAUGUCAUAGCAAGUUUUUCACUGUAGAAGCCAGAUCCCCUGUGAUUUUAUACAAGUGUUUCAACUGUCAAGAGUUCUCCUAAUUGUGUGUACAUUUCUGAUAUGUUGCGUUGUGCCUGUGUCUAUGUUUUUUUCUAAAUAAAUAUUUAUUUUUAAACUGUAAAA